AUGUUUGUCUUGGGUGGGGAGCGAAUCCACGACUCUCGGCUCAACAGUAGGAAUGCUACCACCGCGCCAUUGAGCGCGUCUAAAUUUUGUAUGUUGGAUGCAUUUUUAUUGAAUCCAGCAGUUUCAUUAUUGUCAGAAGGACGGUUUUCGCCCAUCGCUAAAGCGGUGCAAAACUUGGUGUCGAGUGAAGGGUCCACUUUACACCAACUUACUAACAUUACUAAGAUUUUCUUCAACGUACUGCUGCUCGUCGCUGUUAAUAAAAAAAUUACGGUUUUGCUUCGAGUCUUCAUAUACUACAGCAUAGCGUCGAUUACUGUGACGAUAAUUGUAUUAGCACCCAUUAUAGAGGCGUCUGAGGAUGGCGGCCUAGCGAUUGGCAUUAUUACUGCCAUAACCACACUAUUUGACUGCUAUAUGAUGUUGCUGGUGAGAAGCAUCAUCGUAGAAAUAAUUGGAGAAACACCAACGAAAAUUGUGUUCACUUCACACGCCAAAGAUGAAAAUGGACAAAUUAAAGAACCUAGUGUUGAAAUCACGAGUCCAAGCCCCAAACAAAUAGAAGAAAACAUGAUAGAGGGAGAUGAAACAUUAGAAACUGUAAACGAAUCACCAAAUGAGCUUAUUUCUUUAGUGGGCAUCGCAAAUGACAGUUACUCACCGACCAUAUUAAAAGUACAAGAGACGUUGAUAGAAGAUUUCGUUUCUAAGCCUAUCCCUAUUCUAGCUUACGCCACAGAACUGGCAUUCAACGUUAUUCUACUAUGCGCUGUUUACAGGAAAGACUUGGUGUUACUGAGGCUGUUCACAUAUUACUGCAUAACUGCUAUAAUAGCAUCGGCGAUGCUUUAUUCCAUCGUGUUGGCGGCCGUCGACGUGCUCACUGUUAUACUCAUCGUGACAAGCAUAACCUUAGCUGGAGGCCCCCAGGAACAGGCCCGGAACGGACCGACCCCCUCCCCUAAGACCGCCGUUUUCCAAAUAUACUUGCUGCUGUUGGUCAGAAGUAUCAUGGUGGAAAUUCAAGAGAUGAAAGAUCAAAACGAAUCAACUAAACUAGAUUUCAACACGAACAAUAAAGAUGGCGACGAUCGAAUGAAGACGGACAAUAGUACUGUAGAGAUCCCGCUCACUCCCGUACCAGUGCCCGAGGAACAGACAAUGACAGAAAGAGACACAAGAUUGGAGACAGUUGAGGAGCAUCCGCAUGAAGUUACAGUCUAAUGCGAGUCAGAUUAAAUAAAUAAUAAUACAUAAUUAAAUGUUAAUGUAAAAAUUAUUAUAAAAGUUUAAAAAAAUAUAAGUAAAUUAAGUAUUCUUUAAGUUUGUGUGAUUUAUUAAGUUUUUUAAAAAAUGUCCAGUCAAAGGCACCCCGAGAUGGAAAUCGAAUAUAUAUUGCACAAAGCUCUGCUGUCUUAAAGAAUAAUAUUUUUUUAAGACUUUUCGGAUGACCAGCAAAGUUUAUAUCUUAGAGAUAG